AAUUAAGGUAUGUUUGUUGCGGAAGAGGUUAGCAAUCCGUUGAUUUAAGAUAGUGAUAACCGAAAAAUAUCAAAUCAAAAUUAAUUAAUUAAGAAGGGGAUAAUAGUCGAAAAUAAUAAAUCUCUCAGUCAAAAUCCCACUUUUUCUCUCUCUCCUUGUGUAUACACUCUGUGCUUUCUCUCUCCUUGCCACUCGCCCUUCAUUUUAAUGGCGUGAGCGUGAACAGUAACAGACCGUACAUCUUCUCCCCAAAUAACCGUCGAAAUCAAGACCCCUCUCUAUCUCUUUCUUCUUCAUCUUCAACUUCUUCUUCUCAGUUCUCACAAAUUCCAAUCAAACACAAUGGCAUUCGAAUGCAACGCAAGUUCUCAACUAUUAUGUUGAACAGGGGCCACGCUGUGAACUCUCUUUCUGAUAUGUGCUUUUGUGUUUUUUGUGCGUGUCUGAAUCGAUGUUGAUGUGGGUUUUGGAAUUUUGAAAUUGGGUUUAGUUUGCUCUUUUGUUGUAUUUUUUCUGUCAUAAAUAUAUAUAUAUUUUUUGGUUUUUGCUAUCAUGUCUAAACGAGCUGGGAAAGAAAAGGAGAGUGAGGAGAACAUGGAGAGGGAGGGAGAUAUUGAAAGCAUGUUGAAUGAGAUCCCUAACGCAAGUUCUCAUAACCUCCUUCAUCAUCUGCUUAAGAGUCUUUCACCUGUUAGUUCAAGUUCUGUUUCUAAUGGGUUUGAUGUCGGAUUAUCAUAUUCCGCUCCGUUUGAGGAGCCUAAGUAUCAGACACCGACUAACCAUUACCAGAGUAGACUGCCGGUGUAUUCAGAAUUAUCGAAUUCUCGUGAUGGUAAGAAAGAGAAUAUGUUUGACGGAGUGGCUUUGUCUGGAAAUUUCCAGAGAAUGCAUAUUGGUGAUGAACGAAAUGGUUUUUCCAGGAAUGAACAUGUUCCAAUGGACCCAAAUCGGUUUGGGUUUGACUUUGGAGGUUGUGCUUCAAAUGGGAGCAUUCCCUACUAUAUUGCAAAUGGUCCAUAUGAAGAUUUUGACUCUGAUUUUUCUGAUUAUGGAGGGUUUCAAUCGUCCAUUCAUGGAGUUCCUGCCAGUUUCAAUAGUCAUGAUAUGAACUCAAGACUCCAUUUGCAAAAGGAAUCUAGAGUGGGUAAUUUAAUGGGGUCUAAUAUCUUUAAUAAUCAGUCUAAUGCUUUCUGUUCUAACCCCAGUGUCUAUAAAAGAAAUAUGGAUUAUCUAAUGGAGCUUGGAAAUGAACUGGGAAGCGGCUGUUUUAAUGGGGGAAUUCAAUUACAGAGUCCAUCUAUGAGCAAGUCUUACCUCAAAGAUAAUGUUGUCUGGUCGCAGCAAUGCCGAAUAUAUUCUAAUAUAGACAGGGAUGCCUUGAAUCCACUCGAUUCUUCUCAGUUGAUACAACCCAAGUUGGCUUUGGGUUGCGGCCAUCCUCUCUACAAUCAAAGGGUGCUUAGUGCAAUCCCAAACAGUCGGGUUUCUCAAUCUCUUUGGUCACCAGAGAAAGGUGAUGUUGAGGCUUUUAACUGUGAGGAUAGUUUCAUAAUACGGGGUAAAAAUCUGAAUUAUGUCAUCAAGAAUGAGUGUGACAGUUGGAAGGGUGGUUACAAGAAGACUUCUCACAAUGAAAUUCUUAUGCAUAACCUGCGAGAGAAGGGUGAAGAAGUAGAUUGUCAAUUAUAUUCAAGAAGAAUUUGUGGAAGCAGCCAGGGUCGGAGGAGUUCUUCCCAAUUGCUUCUGCAUCCAAAUUAUUGUUCCUUGGCAGAGGCCCAAGGUUGUAUAUACUCCUUGGCUAAGGAUCACAAUGGCUGUCGUUUUCUUCAGAGGAUGUUUGAUGGAGCAACAGUUGAAGAUGUGCAGCUAGUAUUUAAUGAAACUAUCAAGCAUGUUGUUGAACUUAUGAUGAAUCCUUUUGGAAAUUACCUUAUGCAGAAGUUGUUCGAUGUGUGCAAUGAAGACCAAAGAAUGCAGAUUGUGCUUGCAUUGACAGAAGAACCAGGGGAGCUUGUGAGGAUUUCCUUAAAUGCGCAUGGCACUCGAGUGGUGCAGAAGUUGGUGAUGACUCUCAAAACAAGGCAGCAGAUUUCAUUAGUUGUAUUAGCCCUUGAGCCAUAUUUUCUUGAUCUCACUAAGGAUCAUCAUGGAAAUCAUGUGGUGCAGCGGUGUUUGGAAUACCUUAGCUGUGAAGACAUUAAGUUUUUUUUUUAUGAUGCUGCUAAGUAUUGUGUUGAUAUUGCAACUCAUCGCCAUGGGUGUUGUGUUCUCCAACGAUGCAUUACUCGUUCAACUGGGAAACAUGGUGAGAAGUUGGUUGCAGAAAUUUCUGCCAAUGGACUCCUCCUGGCUCAAGAUGAUUUUGGGAAUUAUGUAAUUCAAUACAUAAUAGAGCUAAAAAUCCCAUCUGCCAUAGCCAGCUUGAUGUCUCAGUUCGAAGGGAACUAUGUGCACCUGUCUAUGCAGAAAUUCAGCAGCCAUGUGGUUGAAAAAUGCCUCAAGCAUCUUGAAGAGAGCAGGCCAAGAAUCGUCCAUGAAUUUCUCUCAGUACCUCACUUUGAACAGUUGAUGCAAGAUCCAUUUGCCAACUAUGUCAUUCAAUCUGCACUUGAAGUCACAAAGGGUCCUCUCCAUGCCUCAUUGAUUGAAGCAGUCCGACCCCAUAUAAUCUUACGCACCAGCCCAUAUUGCAAGAAGAUUUUCUCACGUACUCUCUUCAAGAAGUGAUGUAUAUUUCAGUUGGGAUUAGAAGUGUUGUUGUUCUUCCAAGUUUUUAGAGCCAUGUUCACUAAUAAUAAGUACUUUUAUCUCUCUAGGACCUUCAGAUUUAGAAAUUUCUCAUUGUCUAUUAUCUGACAUGUUCUAUGUGGUGAGAACUGACAACGUUGCAACUCAGCCUGCAUAAUAAGCCUCUAGAGUCUGUAGGGCAUAGAAAGCAAUUUUUGCUUCUUCUUGCUUAAAAUAUGGACGUGACCUGUAUUAUUCUGUUGUCUCUGUAAGGUCUGAACUAUCAGUUUCCCCUUCUAGUUAUCUAACUGUGUUGUUUUCAUAUUUCUUUCUCUGAAUAUAUUUAUUUAUCCAGUGUUUAGUAUGCUGCUUUGUAAUGACAAAAAUGAGAAGAAACCUCAGUAUCUUCUCAAUUAGGAUUGAGAAGAGAUGGUGUGGGGCCUUUGGGAAUUAGAAUCCAAGUAUCACAGUAUCAAACAGAUUGAUUUGGGAUAGUAUAUUUCAGAAUCAUCUUGCUUUUUGCUUUUUGCAAAGCAAUAUAGGCUUGUCAUUUUCUUUAAUCCAUGUUUUGCUUAUUUCCUCAAGGUUUGAAAUGGAUGGCUAAUUCGGGUAGCUACCUUCCGACCUCUAUAGUCUCUUUACUAUUAUUACAUUAUUAUUUUCUUUUAUUUUGAGAAACAUUGUUAGGAAUCCCAUGGAGCCUACUCUGAUUUUCUGGGGAGUUCUGCUGUUCUUGAACUUGCAUUAUUUUCAGAAAUUCCAUGAGCCUGUUUUCCUCAAUCAUGGAGAAUAGAUAAGAAGGGCAAGGGAACUUUCAAAUAUCGUAUAGAUCCAAUCGUUCAAUUGGCAGAUGUGGGAGAAAAAACAACAAAGGAGGGUUUUCCAAAAUCAAAUGAAGAAAAAGGAAAUAACUGUG